GAUUCUUCAGAUUCUUCAGAUUCUUCAGAUUCUUCAGAUUCUUCAGAUUCUUCAGAUUCUUCAGAUUCUUCAGAUUCUUCAGAUUCUUCAGAUUCUUCAGAUUCUUCAGAUUCUUCAGAUUCUUCAGAUUCUUCAGAUUCUUCAGAUUCUUCAGAUUCUUCAGAUUCUUCAGAUUCUUCAGAUUCUUCAGAUUCUUCAGAUUCUUCAGAUUCUUCAGAUUCUUCAGAUUCUUCAGAUUCUUCAGAUUCUUCAGAUUCUUCAGAUUCUUCAGAUUCUUCAGAUUCUUCAGAUUCUUCAGAUUCUUCAGAUUCUUCAGAUUCUUCAGAUUCUUCAGAUUCUUCAGAUUCUUCAGAUUCUUCAGAUUCUUCAGAUUCUUCAGAUUCUUCAGAUUCUUCAGAUUCUUCAGAUUCUUCAGAUUCUUCAGAUUCUUCAGAUUCUUCAGAUUCUUCAGAUUCUUCAGAUUCUUCAGAUUCUUCAGAUUCUUCAGAUUCUUCAGAUUCUUCAGAUUCUUCAGAUUCUUCAGAUUCUUCAGAUUCUUCAGAUUCUUCAGAUUCUUCAGAUUCUUCAGAUUCUUCAGAUUCUUCAGAUUCUUCAGAUUCUUCAGAUUCUUCAGAUUCUUCAGAUUCUUCAGAUUCUUCAGAUUCUUCAGAUUCUUCAGAUUCUUCAGAUUCUUCAGAUUCUUCAGAUUCUUCAGAUUCUUCAGAUUCUUCAGAUUCUUCAGAUUCUUCAGAUUCUUCAGAUUCUUCA